GACACGCUUCACCUGUCUUUGUUUUAAGUCGUCUGGUUAAAUCAGCUGCUCCGCCUGCAAAAAAAGGACUCUGUUUAUUGUAACAAACAGAUUCCCUAUAAAUUAGCAUCCUGGAGGACUUUGUCAAAUCAAAACCACGUGUUAGCAAACAUACAGCCUUCUUGAAUUAAAGCUCAUCCCCAAGCUGCCCUCUAUACAACCUCGAAGAAAGAACGUGCGUAUUGGAUUAACCCCAGUCUAAUUACAGCGUGCGUCCUCUCCAUGGUUUGCCAUUUAGUCAGUCGUAUCAUUUGCAAAUUAGGUACGUAUUAAUGUGGGUACUAGAUCUAAAUUAUGUGGGACGAAUUGUGGUGAUACUGUUGGAACAUUUUACAUCUUGUAGGUCUGUUUGGUAUCUGACUUCAGUGCGUAAAAAUAUGUCUGCACCAGGAUAAACCCAAAGGCGAAACAUAAAAAAUGCUCAUUUUCCAUUAAAACCUCGUUACAUUUUGUACUGAUAAAGAGCUUCCAUGUGUUUCUGACAGUGGUGUUUGUUGUCAGCUGAGCUUUAAUAGGUAAAACAAUCCCAUUCAGAGGCCACCGGGUUUGCGUGGCCUGCUGCGCCAUAAUGCUCGGCACAAGCCCUCCAAUGAGUACUAAAUACCAAGUGUUUUUUGUCAAUAUUAGCUGGACUACUUGGGGGGGAAGUUUAUAAUUGGACACGUGUUUUUUCCUUCUUUUUGUCAUUUUGGAGAUCAACUGAUCCCUUUGUAAUACGUUUUUAAAGCAAUGAACGAUCUACGAGGAGGGGUAAAGAGUUCUUAAGAGCUCCCUUUCAGUCUUUAGAAUUGUCCAGAGCAACAUGGAGGCCCUGGAAGUAGGCUAUUUAAUCCAGGAGAUGUGCCCAUGAGGCUGACACACUGCAGAUAUUAAGGCACAUGCAGGUAGGCAGUCACCAAUCUAUCCACGAAAAAAAAACGGCUCUGUGUUGGUCAUCACUUCUACCUAGAAAAGAAAUAUAAUCAUUUUAUUUUACUUUUUAAAAUAUGGAGGACAUUCUCUUUGACUUCGACCAGGAUGGCAACACAGAUUUUGCAUUUUGGGGACAAAUGGAUCAAAACUUCCAGUUUCCGACCCAGCUGGACACCUUCCUGUUGGACUGCACCGCAGCCACUGGCCAGCUCUCGCCCUGGUCCUCUUUCGGCUGUCAGUCCAUGUUCCCGGACGCACAGCUGACCUUCACCGACCUCGACGUGCAGUCACCGGGCGCGAGCGUCUGCGCUGAGGCCGAAACUUCUUCCGUGGACGAACCCCUGGAUAUCAACAAGCGCAGGGCGCGGCGGCUGGUGUCCCAUCAGCCCUACAAGGUGCAGCGGCAUGCCGCCAACAUCCGGGAGAGGAAGAGGAUGCUGAGCAUCAAUUCCGCCUUCGAAGAGCUCCGCUGCCACGUACCAACGUUUCCCUACGAGAAGCGGCUGUCGAAGAUAGACACUCUGAGACUGGCCAUAGCCUACAUCGCCCUGCUGAGAGAGAUCCUCAUGUCAGGCUGCGACCCCAAAUCCUAUGUGGACGAGUGCAUGAAGAACGGCUACAAGAAUCAAACCAACGCCAUUUGGAACACAAGUGAUCUGACAGCCCGCCUCUCUUGGAUAAAGUGGGAUUAACUGAGGAACAUGGGGCACCCCGAGUGUGGAGAUUGCAGCGGGGAAGUGUUCCUCACAUGACAGAGCCGACUGAUCGACAUCUGCAGACUUCUCACCGGGUCACACACCUCAGGCUUUCUCAAACCCCAUCCACUCUUUCGUCCUCCGUGGCUUUUAAUAUUCUAAUUUAUUGUCGACUGGUAAUUGAGAGCCAUUGUUUCUGGGGGCCUGGGGAGGGAAAAGGGGGUUGUCAUUGUUUACCCGAAUGGAUGGCACUUGUCACAGGGAGAGAGGGGCACGCUGGCAUGAGACUGAAUGGACUUCCAGGAGGCUCAUACUUCUGCAUGUAGCACUGAAGUGUUAUCUGGACUCUCGCUCAUUAGUCCGCGAGUCGAUGUGUUAAAAAAGAGCCUUGAUCAUGUAAAUGAGACGACGGGCACGAGAAGCAGAUCGGUGUGAUGUGCUUCAGCACGUCAGGUGCUGUUUCCGAGGACGGCAGUAAGGCUGGUAGUGUACUGUUAGUUUCAUUCGCAACCUCUAUCAUCUGUUCUAUUAUUUAUUUAUUUAUUUAAUUCUAAUUAUUGCUUAUUUAUGACAAAGUAAUUGUAAUCCAUUGUUGAACAUGUGUUUCAGCAUACUGUAAUUAUUUGUUGUUCUGUAACUCAAAUGUGAGAAAUGUGUUUAUACUCCAUGUUUUGUGACAUGUGUCAUGACAGAAAGGCUCACACUACAACUUUCUGGGAUAAUUUCACAUAUUUUGUAAACACUGAUAUCCAUAAA